GUAUCGCCACGUCUGCGCGCAUGCGCACACAUCAGUGUUCCGGGGUCGUUCAGUGAGUGUACACAGUUAAAAAUCUUUUUUUACCUUCUCUGUUCACACAGUUACAGCACGGACCACUUAGAGGGGAGUCCUCUUUCAUAAGGAGAGACGGGUUUUUUUUUAAAACACGACACCGAGAGGACUGUCUGUAAAGAAGAUGAACGUCAUCAGGGGAGUGAUCGGCUGGCAGGCAGCCGGGCCGCAGCCGUCCGGAGCGGAGACGAUCCAGAAGUUGUGUGACCGGGUAGCCUCCUCAACACUAUUAGAAGACCGCAGAGAUGCUGUACGUGCUCUCAAGUCCCUCUCUAAGAAAUAUCGCAUGGAAGUUGGCACACAGGCGAUGGAUCACCUGAUUAACGUACUGCAAACUGACAGGUCUGACUCUGAAAUCCUCGGCUAUGCUUUGGACACUCUGUACAACAUCAUCUGCAACGAUGAGGAGGAAGAGCAAGAUGAAUCAGAAGACGCAGUAACCCCUGUCCUUGUCUCAGGGAAGCAUAAGAAUAUUCCCAUUCCUGAUGAGAACGCCCAGAAGCAGGCGGACGACCUGGGAGCCCAGUUCACCGAAACGUUCAUUCAGGACUCCGAACACGUGACUCUGCUUCUCACUCUGCUGGAGGAGUUUGACUUCCAUGUACGUUGGCCUGGAGUGAAGCUGUUGACUGCUCUCCUGAAGAACCAGGGCGUCCAGGUCCAGGGCAUCAUUCUGGUCAGCCCCAUGGGUGUUUCCAGAUUGAUGGACCUAUUGGCAGACUCCAGAGAAGUCAUUCGCAAUGAUGGCUUGUUGCUGCUUCAACAGCUGACAAAAAGCAAUGCUGCCAUUCAGAAAAUAGUUGCGUUUGAAAAUGCGUUUGAGCGUCUUCUAGACAUCAUCACAGAAGAGGGCAGCAGUGAUGGAGGUAUCGUGGUGGAGGACUGUUUGCUGCUUCUGCUCAACCUGCUGAAGAACAACAGCUCCAAUCAGAACUUCUUCAAAGAGGGCUCCUACAUUCAGAGGAUGAAGCCCUGGUUUGAGGUCGGUGAUGAUAACUCUGGCUGGUCUGCGCAGAAGGUCACCAACCUCCACCUCAUGCUGCAGUUGGUGCGGGUGAUGGUGUCUCCAGUGAACUCUCCUGGAGCGACAGCCAGCUGUCAGAAGUCCAUGUACCAGUGCGGUCUGCUGCAGCAGCUCUGUACCAUCCUCAUGGCCACCGGUGUGCCUGCUGACAUCCUCACUGAGACCAUCAACACUGUAUCAGAGGUUAUCAGAGGCUCACAGGUCAACCAGGACUACUUUGCAUCUGUCAACGCUCCUUCAAACCCACCGAGACCAGCCAUCGUGGUGCUGCUCAUGUCCAUGGUGAAUGAGAGGCAACCAUUCGUGCUUCGCUGUGCAGUCCUUUACUGUUUCCAGUGUUUCCUCUACAAAAACCAGAAAGGCCAGAGCGAGAUUGUGGCUACAUUGCUGCCUUCCACCAUUGAUGCAAAUUCCAUCUCAGCGGGCCAGCUGCUGUGCGGAGGCCUGUUCUCAGCAGACUCUCUGUCCAACUGGUGUGCCGCUGUGGCCUUGGCUCACGCCCUGCAGGACAACCUCACCCAGAAGGAGCAGCUGCUGAGGGUUCAAUUGGCCACCAGCCUGGGAAAGCCUCCUGUGUCCCUGCUGCAGCAGUGCACCAACAUCCUCUCCCAGGGAGAUAAGAUCGUCCGGCGGGGCAGUAAAGUGCAGACCAGAGUGGGCCUCCUCAUGCUGCUGUGCACAUGGAUCAACAACUGUCCGAUAGCCGUCACACACUUUCUACACAAUCAGGAAAACGUUCCCUUCCUGACAGCACAGAUCUCAGAGAACUUGGGAGAGGACGAGAGGCUGGUGCAGGGUCUGUGCGCGCUACUUCUCGGCAUCUGCAUCUAUUACAACGACAACUCGCUGGAAAACUACACCAAAGAGAAGCUAAAGCAGCUCAUCGAGAAGCGCAUCGGAAAGGAAAACUUCGUAGAGAAACUGGGCUUCAUCACCAAACAUGAGCUGUACUCGAGGGCGGCUCAGAAGCCGCAGCCGGUCUUCCCAUCCCCGGAGCAGAUGCUGUUUGACCAUGAGUUCACUAAGCUGGUCAAAGAACUGGAGGGUAUGAUCACCAAAGCGGUUCACAAGUCCAGUGAGGAGGAGAAGAAGGAAGAGGAGGUGAAGAAGACAUUAGAGCAGCAUGACAACAUUGUGACUCAGUAUAAAGAGCUGAUCAGAGAACAGGAUGCUCAAAUCCAGCAGCUGAAAGAGCAAGUAUCAUCCAUGUCAUCUCAGAACGAACAAAUGCAGACUACACUCACCCAGCAGCUGUCCCAGAUCCAGCAGCACAAAGACCAGUACAACAUCCUCAAGCUUAAAUUAGGUAAGGAGAACCAGAGUAACAGCCAGGGAGACGGCUCACAGAUCAACGGGCUGCAGACGGAGGAGCUCACGCAGCUCCGAGAGGAGGUGGAGGAGCUCCGCAAGCAGCACAGCCUCCUCCAGACGCAGCUCAGCGAGAAAGACACGCUCAUCAACACCCUGAGGUCGGAGACGAUGCAGGCGGUCGAAGGUUCAGCAGAAGGAUCAGACAACACAGAACUGCUCAAGGAGCUGGAGGCUCUGAGGAAUCAGAUCCAGUCCCAGUCGGCAGAAAUCAACCAGAUGAAGGCCGAGAGACAAGAACUGCUCAGACGAGCUGAAGCAGGAUCCUCGGAUGCUGUCUCUGGCAGUGACGGCUCAUUAGACGCCGCCAAGAUGGCAGAACUAGACAGCAGACUGGCAGCACAGACGGCCGAGACAGAGAGACUCAAGGAGGAAGCAAAGAGCUCGUCGGAGACCCGGGCGGACCUGGAGCAGCAGCUGGCUUCAGCCACCAGCACGGUGGCCAUCCUGCAGACGGAGAAAUCAAAGCUGCAGACGGAGGUGCAAGAGUCCAAGAAGGAACAGGACGACCUGCUGAUGCUGCUGGCAGACCAGGACCAGAAGAUCCACAGCCUGAAGCAGAGACUCAAAGACCUCGGAGAGACGGUGGACGAUGAAGACGACCUCGAUGCCAGGGACCAAACGGACGACGACGAGGAGGACGAUGAAGACGAGGACUAGAAAAAAACACUGAAAGGAGAAAAAGAAAAGGAGAGCGACGGGAAAAGACUUUACCUGAGAAACUGAGGCAUAGGACUUAAUAUUAUUGAAGCAGUUUCUCUCUCCAGCUGCCAUGCUAUCUUCACCUUUCUUCACCCUCUGUGUCACAUCAUCAUGUACAUGUUAGUUGUUUUGUUUUCUCUUUCUUGUGGUUCUUCAGUUUUCAGUGACAGCUAAAAAAAAAAAGAUUUGAACAUGUCAGUGCAUUCAUCUCUGCCACUUCCACCAUCAGUUCGCGAUGGAUUUCUACCAGUCUUGUGUUUAUCGUAACGUAUCGUCACGUAGUGUUAGCUUACUUUUGACACACGAGUCAUCUGGAAAAUCUAGAGAAGAGGAGGAUUGAAAAUGUAGCAAACUGUAACCAGAUUUUCUCAUUUUAUCAUAAACAUGCUGUUGAGCUCGUCAGGCUUUUUUUCUUCUUCUUCUUCUUCUUUGCCCAUAACACGAGAUCCACCUACAGCAUAAGCAUCACCUCCGACGUGUCACUGUGCUGCGCCCCUUGAAUUUAUCUCCACACCCUCCCCACCACGCACCGAUCAGUUGGAGUUCAGCGUGUUACAGUAUUUCAACGCUCCGUUGUUGUUGUUGUUGUUUCCAUUUCACUCUGACGACACGGCCUAACCCGCUCUACGAUAUGCUGCAAAACACUGACAGAAAAGAUGUAAAGACAAAAAAGAUAUUUUUGCAACUUUUUGUCCAGUUCUGGCAUCCAGCUUCUGUAUGAUAUUGUGUAACUUAUCGAUUUAUGAGCCACAUUGAAAAUGAAUAAAAGAAUCUAUCAGUCUGUAUGCCUGUACGGAGGGAUAAUUGUAGAUAAAUUAAA